GCCGUUGGAUCAACAAUCAAUUUACUGCAGAUCAAACACGAAACGCCAGGGAAACGCACCCCAAGCUGGCUAACCCGGCGUCUUUAAAAGGACGACGACGCCCCUUUGAUAAUUGAAUGAAAUGCAAAUUUUCGUUAAUAGAAUUCGGACAAACGCCAUGUCCUCUGCUGCCACAUUGCUCUCAUCAUCGUCAUCAACUUUAGCCGUUAAAAGACCUAGCAGGUUUUUGUCUUCGAAGAGUUCUUGUAUGUUCGAUGGCUUCGUUAAGAAUCGAGUUGUGUUUUCUAAUCAGUUGGCUCCAUCUGUUUCGCUUCGAUGUUUUGCUACCACUACCGCGGAGAUUGAUAGAGUCAAGGUUCUGAAUCCUAUUGUCGAAAUGGACGGUGAUGAAAUGACCAGGAUUAUAUGGAGUAUGAUAAAAGACAAACUAAUAUUUCCUUAUUUAGAUUUGGAUAUAAAAUAUUUUGACUUGGGGAUACUUAAUCGCGAUGCAACUGAUGAUGAGGUUACUGUCCAAAGUGCUGAAGCGGCUCUUAAGUACAAUGUUGCCAUCAAAUGUGCCACAAUAACUCCAGACGAGACCAGAGUGAAGGAAUUUGGGCUGAAGUCUAUGUGGAGAAGUCCCAAUGGCACAAUUAGAAACAUUUUAAAUGGCACUGUUUUCCGUGAACCUAUUCUGUGCCAGAAUAUUCCUAGAAUUGUUCUGGGCUGGAAGAAACCCAUUUGUAUUGGUAGGCAUGCCUUUGGUGAUCAGUAUCGUGCCACAGAUGCUGUUAUUAAUGGGCCAGGAAAGCUUAAAAUGGUAUUUGUCCCUGAAGAUGGUACGGCCCCAGUGGACCUUGAUGUCUAUACCUUUAAAGGUCCUGGAAUUGCACUUGCUAUGUAUAAUGUUGAUGAGUCAAUUCGAGCUUUUGCUGAGUCAUCCAUGUCAUUGGCAUUUUCAAAGAAGUGGCCUCUUUACUUGAGCACUAAAAACACAAUUUUGAAAAAAUAUGAUGGCAGAUUUAAGGACAUAUUCCAGGAGGUAUACGAAGAGAAAUGGAAGCAGAAGUUUGAAGAGCAUUCAAUAUGGUAUGAGCAUCGGCUAAUUGAUGAUAUGGUGGCUUAUGCAUUAAAAAGUGAAGGUGGAUAUGUUUGGGCAUGCAAAAAUUAUGAUGGAGAUGUCCAGAGUGAUUUACUUGCUCAAGGUGCAAUUUCAGAUGAUUUGACAUUUUUCCUGCUUUCAAUUUUAACCAUCCCUUCUAUCUAUAGCAUUAACCUCAGGGCAUCUAAACGUGGUUCGCUUAAUGCAGGAUUUGGUUCUCUAGGCCUCAUGACUUCAGUUCUGUUGUCCUCUGAUGGAAUGACUUUAGAAGCUGAGGCUGCUCACGGGACUGUAACCAGACAUUUCAGGCUACAUCAGAAAGGUCAAGAAACCAGUACAAACAGUAUAGCUUCUAUUUUUGCAUGGACACGAGGGCUAGAACAUAGGGCCAAGCUAGAUGAAAAUGAAAGGUUGAUGGGUUUUGUUCAGAAGUUGGAGGCUGCAUGUAUUGAGGCCGUGGAAACAGGAAAAAUGACCAAGGAUCUUGCCAUUUUGAUACACGGACCUAAGGUAGCAAGGGAGUUCUACUUGAACACUGAAGAAUUUAUUGAUGCUGUCGCAAUGAAUCUUGAAGCAAAGCUUCGGGAGCCUGCAGUGGUGUGAGCAGACAUAGUGUUCUAUUUAUUCAGUAGUAUUCUUAAAAAAACUCCAGGGAAUAUAGGUAAAUUGGUACUUUGAUUCUUUAUAUUCAAGAAGAAAAUUGGAGAUUGAUCUCCGUUGAAUGUCAGGGAUUACUAGCAUAUGUCAUUUGAUGAAGACAUUGUAAUUCUUGAAUGAAGCAAUCCAUCAGUUUUAAAA